UAUAGGGAGGUGUGUGUCAUGGCGGCGCCCUGUGUUGGGAUCAUGAAGUUGCUGAUGUUCCGCAGAUUCUGUAGCUCGUCACCCCGGAGAGUGUCCACGCUCAGGAGUGCGUCACUGUGGAUGUCGGGCACGCGACUGGGGCCGGGAUGGCAGCCGCUGAGACGAACGCAUUUGUGGACCAGCAACGCGGUCCGGGGCCGCGCUUCUGUGGAUCUGGGUAGCAGAAAGCUUGAAAUCUCCACAGGGAAACUUGCCAGAUUUGCAGAUGGAUGUGCUAUGGUGCAGCUAGGGGAGACAUCGGUGAUGGUUACGGCUGUCAGUAAAACAAAGCCUACUUCAUCCCAAUUUAUGCCAUUGGUGGUUGAUUACCGUCAGAAAGCUGCUGCGGCAGGAAGAAUACCAACAACCUACUUACGAAGAGAAAUAGGCUACACGGAUAAUGAGAUUUUGACGAGCAGAGUAAUUGACCGUUCAAUCAGACCACUAUUUCCUUCAGGCUACUUUUAUGAUACACAGAUUGUUUGUAACCUCCUCGCAGUGGAUGGUGUCAAUGAUCCUGACAUACUUGCAAUAAAUGGAGCCUCUGCAGCCUUGGCAUUGUCCGACAUACCGUGGAAUGGUCCCAUAGGUGCUGUAAGAGUUGGUCUUGUGGAUGGACAGGUUGUAAUUAACCCAACUCGAAAAGAGAUGGCAUUAAGCACUUUAAACCUGGUGCUGGCUGGUGGACCUCAGAGCCAAGUUGUCAUGAUGGACGCAGCAGCAGAAAAUGUGAUGCAACAGGACUUUUGUCAUGCUAUCAAAGUGGGCGUCAAGCACACGCAACAAGUCAUACUGGCCAUUCAGCAGCUAGCACAUGAGCACGGGAAUUCCAAAAGGACACCUCAGAAGAUGUUUACUCCUUCCACAGAAAUAGUGGAAUAUGCAAGACAGCUUGCUUCUGAGAAGAUCCGUGGAGUAUUUUCAGAUUUCACUCAUGGCAAAGUUUCAAGAGAUGAUGCCAUUAAUAAAAUCAGGCUUGAGACAGAAGAACAGUUAAGAGAUAAAUUCUCUGAGUCAGAACCAUACGAAGUAAUGGAGGCAUUUAAUGUAGUUUCCAAAGAAGUUUUUCGAAAUAUUAUUAUGAAUGAAUAUCUAAGAUGUGAUGGUAGAGACUUAAGAUCGCUUAGGAACAUCAAUUGUGAAGUUGAUAUGUAUAAACCUCUUCAUGGAUCUGCACUAUUUCAGAGGGGACAGACACAGGUUCUUUGUACAGUAGCCUUCGAUUCUAUAGAAUCAAGUAUAAAAACUGACCUUAUCACCACCCUUCUAAGUGGGGUGAAGGAAAAAAAUUUCAUGCUGCACUAUGAGUUUCCGCCUUAUGCAACAAAUGAAAUCGGAAAAUUAGUUGGUCAGAAUAGGAGGGAACUAGGUCAUGGUGCUCUUGCAGAAAAAGCAUUGAAACCUGUGGUUCCUAAAGAAUUUCCAUUUACAAUAAGAGUAACUGCAGAAGUACUAGAAUCUAAUGGUUCAUCUUCUAUGGCAUCAGUAUGUGCAGGAAGCAUGGCCUUGAUGGAUGCAGGUGUUCCGAUUUCAGCUCCAGUGGCUGGGGUAGCUGUUGGCCUUGUCACAAAGCAAAAUCCGGACAAACCUGCUGAGAUUGAAGAUUACCGUCUCCUGACUGAUAUUUUGGGUAUUGAGGAUUAUAAUGGAGAUAUGGACUUCAAGAUGGCAGGCACAAACAAAGGAAUAACAGCUUUACAGGCAGAUAUUAAAAUAGCAGGACUGCCAUUGAAAAUUAUAAUGGAAGCUAUCCAACAAGCCUCAGCUGCCAAGAAGGAAAUCUUAAGCAUAAUGAAUAAAGCAAUUACUAAACCCAGGGAAAAAAGGAAAGAAAAUGGGCCUGUUCUUGAAACAGUACAAGUGCCGGUGUCAAAAAGAGCUAGAUUUGUUGGUCCAGGUGGUUACAACCUAAGAAAACUUCAGGCUCAAACUGGAGUUACAAUAUCUCAAGUAGAUGAAGAAACAUUCUCAGUAUUUGCGCCAACUCCAAGUGCUAUGCAUGAAGCUAGCGAGUUUAUAAGUGAACUCUGCAAGGAUGAUCAAGAACAGCAACUUGAAUUUGGUGCAGUUUACACUGCCACCAUAACUGAAAUAAGGGAUAUUGGAGUUAUGGUGAAGCUGUAUCCCAACAUGACUGCAGUUUUACUACAUAAUUCACAACUUGACCACAGAAGGAUAAAACAUCCAAGUGCCAUUGGACUGGAAGUUGGACAGCAGAUUCAGGUGAAAUAUUUUGGUCGUGAUCCCACAGAUGGAAGGAUGAGGCUUUCUCGCAAAGUACUGCAGUCUCCAGUUGCAACAGUAGUUAAGAACCUGAGUGACAAAAAUAGUAUUGUGAUAGGUGCAAGAGAUUCUGCAUCAUCCAGCGCUUCUUCGUAACCAUGUUGAAACUGUCAGACCCAAUGGUAACAAUUCACAUAAGGAAGCUUAAAGAACUCUUCCAGCUAAACAGGCAUUUAUUUUAACAUAACAGGCUAAAGAUUAUUGUAAUAUAUAUUUUCUAUAUGUACCAGUGCUAUAUCAAUUGAUUUUAUAUGUUCUUCUCAAUUGGUAUUGUAAUUGUCAGUAAUGUUUUUGGUGUAAUAAAAUGUUGAUACAAGGAA